UGUCAUAAAUUGCACACGUGUGUAUCAAUAAAAUUAUGAAUAAUUUUUUUUAAAAUUUCAAGUCUGAAGCCUUUAAUUUCUAACUUAGAAUUUUAUUGUUCAAAUUUCUUUAACGACCAUGUCCUUAUUUAAAGCGAGAAGUUGGUGGAACACAAAUGUUUCUGAAGAUGAAACAGAAUCUUUCGAUCGAAAUUCAUUGUUGAUCGCCAGACUAACCGAAGGCGAUCAUGAUAAUUUAGUUGUAGGAUCCCAUUUAGGGGCUUUGAGAGUAUAUAAGGUGACUACAAAAAGACUGGAUGAUGGAAGUUUGUCUGCAUACAAACCUACAGACUUGGUUCUGGAGAAAUUAUUACCAUACCCCGUUCUUGGUUUAGGAUUAGGAAAAUUGGUUUCGUAUGUUGAUAGCCUGAGAUCUGUUUUGUUCGCACUAAAUAGCUUGUUAUUUAGUUUGCACUGUUUGGUUUUAAAGGGGAUCUCAAAAAUGGUUCUUAUGUGUACUGCAUCCACUACGAGUUACUGUAUACUCUUUAAAAUCAUUAGACGGGAUCACAGACCAUGGUAAAAAUCACUAACUAUUCUAAAAUUAUUUGUAAGC